AUGGUAAAAAGGACUGUGCAAAGCUACAGGAGGUCCCUGCAAGAGUUUUCAGAAAGUACGGUUAUGUCAAGAUGCAAGAGUCUCAGCUCUUCCCACCUGCCCACUGGUGCACCCCAGAGCAUCACUGAAUGGCUGGCGCUCUGGGAAAAGGAUCCAGUAGAGAUUCUGCUUGACUUGGGGUUUGGCACAGAAGAACCUGAUGUCUGUACUAAAAUCCCUCCUCGGUUCCUCAGUGGUGCUUCUGUAGCAAAAGGGAUCAACAUCCGAGUCUUUUUGGAAGCUCAGAAGCAGCGGAUGGACAGUGAGAGGCCAAACCUAUAUGAACGUUUUCGACAGCUGGAAGUACUUGACCACGUAACUAGUGCCCUCUCAUCUUUGCUGACUGACGUCAACGCCCAACAGACCACAGCACAGGGCACCAGCAGGGAUGAGACCAGUCUCCUGGACGCUGCGAAGAGCAGACCUGCUGUCACACGAGCGAAGCGGAGAAGAAUAGGUCAGCUCCUGAAAAGGGCUUCUCGGCAGUCAAUGCUAUUGAAGCAGGGCUUGCUGGCACCUGGGGAAGCCAACUUGCCCAUCAGGAAAGAGCAGCCCUGUUUUUGUGCUGAUAUUGCUGAGAGUGGAACAGUCCAGUCAGGCUUUUCUGCAGGUGUUACAUUGGGCUGUCUGACCCAGGAGCAAAUCCCCAGAGACAAAGGUGCCUCGGCAUAUCCCACGUCCUGGUGCCCACCAACUCCAUCAGGGAAAGCCUGGGCUUCAUCGCACCUAGUUGCAAAACAGCCCCACCUUUCUCCGGCAUGCGAUGUGCCUGCCCAAGACAGGCCAAGAAAGGAGCCACCUUUGCUUGUGGCCCACACGCUCAGAGAAGUGGUUGACCUAAACUACAAGCUUCCAGACUCAUUUGAAAUGGAAGAGAUUCAGAGUUUUGAGGAUGAAACUGUGUGUGGAAAUGCUCCUGACACCACUUCAGCAGAGGUGAUGGUGACAAGAACAAGCAGCUGCCAGUCAGACAGCAGUGGGUUCAUGGAGGAGCUGCCAGAACCUGUAGGUUUGCAAAAUGCAUCUUUGUCAGGAAAGAUGAAUUGUAUUUCUGAUAUCCACAGUCAAGAAACAGUUCUGUCACAUGAGACAGUCUUCCCUGUGUUAAAUCAAGAUUUUCAAAAAAAGCCAGAUGACUGUGUUGCUAAGGUCUUCAUCACAGCUCGCGAGAGCAUUUUGACAGUACCGAGAUCAACGAAAGCAUGUAGUGACCAGGGAGAAAAGACUCAUCUACUGCUGACUGCAGAAAAUGACAAGUAUCAGGCCUAUAAUGCUGAGCCACAGACUUUUGUACAAGACAUGUUAUGUGACAUGGACAAGAAAGAGGAUAAAACUGGAAGAAAGCAACUGGAAAAAGAGCAGUGCAUAAAAGAGCACAGUCCUAGUUUUCAGGAUGAUACUCAGGAUGAAGGAGAUCUUAGCUCCUCAAAAUUUGAACGUCAUUUAUAUUUUAGUACAGAACGCAAAAAGGUGAAUGUAACCUUCAUUGAAGUGAGUGAUAAAACCCCUGAAGUCAUCAGAGGUGAAGAUGAAGGUGAGAGAUGUCUGGCUGAAAAGGAUGUUGGAUAUCAUGGAAGUGCACAUCGAGGUCAUACAGGAUGUGUUAAAGGACCAUGCCGGGGAGAGGAAGUGGUCAGUGAAGAUGGUACCUUGCUUGCAGUGAAUGAGGUGACAAACAGGCAGAAGUGCUGCCAAAUGGAUGGUGAUUCAAAAAAUACAAGAUGCUUCCCCAAAACGGGGCUCCUGGAAACUCCACAGCGGGGCUCAGCAGUGCAAAGUGGGAGCAGUGCCUCUUCAAGAUGUCCCCUGCGAGUAUCUCAGAGGCAUCCCUCCUACCUAGCGGAAGGGCCUGGAUUAAGUUCAUCUGAAGGUCAAGAGACUGGUAGUGUAAGGGAGAUGUUAGGUGCUAACAAAUCAGAACAGGGAGACACUGUCCAAAAUGGUGAAAUGGCUUCUGCUCCUCUGAAAUCUGUUACUGUUCAGAUGUCUUCAGGACUGGAGUUUACUUCAAGGGUGAAGUGCACAGGGCAAAAUGCUCCUGUCAGUGAGGGCCUUGCUAGGGAAGAUCAUGUGGACUUCUCCGACGUGUUAGUGCACUACUCUGAGAGUGGUCCUCUCAUACGGUCAGACGCAGGGGCUUUGAAGGAUGGUGUGAAGAAGACCACCGAAGCCUCCAGCCAAACUGACAUCCAUGCCGAGAAACCCAGGUGGCCACUGCUGCUCCAUCCACCCCAUAGUCACCUGACAAAAUCAGCUUCUCUUGACACCCUGCUCUGUGGCAAAUACAGCUCACGCUACUGGGGGGAAGCCUCUGGCGCUGGGGGUGCACAGGCCAGUCACUGCUGUCACUGCUGCUGCUGUCACGGCUGCUGCCUGUGGACCUUCCCCAUAGGUGUCUCUCCCCAUCACCCUGUGGGCUGCUACUCAAACCACGCCUCCACUGAGCUGCAGCUUUUGAAGAUGCUGAUGCUCCUACAGGACACUGCAAUGCAUAAUCUUGCUCCGUGUACCCUCCAUGAAAUAGAAGUGAUGAAGAGCUCCUGCCAGCACUUCCAGGAGAAGCUGGAUGAGAUUGAACAGCACCUGACUGAACAGGAGAUGCUAUUUUACAACGCGAUGCCAGAUGAAGGAAGAGAGGAGAGCAGACACCUGCAGCUCUUGCGGCAAGCUGUUCGUCAGGAGGUUGCAGAGCUGGAAUUUCGGCUGAAUGAUCAAGCUUGCCAGGUCAGGGAGGGCAUCCUUAUGCAGCUGGACCAAUUACUAGUAGAACAAUCCCAUCUGUUUUCCGAGCUCGGACUCUCUGAUUGGAAGGGAGAAAGAAGAGCCCAGAAUAAACAAGCGUUUCCAGAUGCCGCUGACACUGAGCAUCCUCAAAGUGGGUGCUCAGAAAUGGUGCUCCAAAGCUCUCCUAACAAAAAUACCACAGCAACAGGGUCCCUCUCUGCCCUGCUGUCAAGGGCACCCCCAAUGCAAUUUACUACCAGGACAACACCUGAGCUGGAUUCAGCAGAGUCUGACCCACAGGAGCUCUCCAGCAGUAAAAAGGAAAUAAAAGGACCUCCCCAAGCAAAAAAGGACUUUAAGGCAUUUUUACACAACUUGAAGAAAUCUUUCCGAAAUUCUUUAGGUAAUGAUCCAGCAGAAGGCAAAGACUGA